GAGUGGUAUUUUCUUGAUGUGUACUGAUGUUCAACAAGCCUUAAUUAUAGACACUUAUAUAUGUAUGUAUAGUUUAACGGAAAUUUAAUUGCAAUUAUAUUGUUUUAUGGCUACAUGCUUUGUUUUGUACAAACGUCAACAGCUAAUGAACCGGUGCUGCUAACUUAGCACGUCUUUUGUCAAGUUUUGCAAUUUUCCUGUCAGCCGGGCUGGCGUUUGCCGAGGCUGAUAUUGCCAACAUGGCUGAAAAGAAUGAGUUCACAGAUAUAAACGGGAAAGCAAUUUUAUUAGAUUGCCAAAAUUACUCCUCCUUUUGCAGAGAGUUUACUGUUAGCUCCCCAAAGGUGUCUUUAUGCAAGGUGAUUGUAUGCACCUGUUCCGUAUGGUUAUUCGCAUACGCCGUGUUUUUUGUCACAGAGAACACCGCCGUCCUGUCGAGCGCCAUCAUCAUUACGUUGGUGGGAAUGAUGAUGCACAUUCACCUGGUCAAAGUGGAGCACGAGACGCUCCUCAUAAUCGGCUCGCUGGGGGUGCAGUUGUCGACGUCUUAUGCCUCGGGGCGUGAAAGUACGACGUUCAUCGAAAUGAGCAGGAUCAAAGACAUCGUUAUCAACGAGGCAGUUUACAUGCAAAGUAUCAUAUACUACCUGUGCAUUCUGAUAAAGGACUCAGGAGACCCUAAUGGAAUCGCCAGCGUUGUCCCUCUUUUCCAGAGUUCAAAGCCAAGACUAAAUUGUCUGGUUCAGGUAUACAAAAGCUGCCAGGCGAUAAUUGCACAGACCCGAUGACACAAUGGUAAAGUCCAGUCCCCUGCUCUCGACAUUUAAAGUUCCUACCGACCAGCUGUAGGACUCCCCUUCAAGAUUCCUCUUGAACCUGGCCAUUUUUAACAUCUAAAUCAGUGCAGAUGACAUCUACAGUUUAAAAAUAACUUAUUCUUGAAAAGGAUUAAUUAAUUAUUAGUUAUUUGCUAGCCCAACUAUGAGAUUGAGACUGGAGAUUUAUUUUUCAUUAAAAAUACUUUAAAAUAUAUGUUGUUCUUAUGUUACACUUGAUAGAAAAUGUCAGGGUAAUUUUUAUGAGUGUCAUUUUACUUUAUACAUUUUAUAUUUUUACAGGCAUAUUAAAAUGCAAUACAAUUGUGAAAAUAAAGUAAAAGUCUCUUGUAUUCUAAUUAGUACAGUAAGGAAAUGUUUCUUGGAUUUUCAAAACAAACCGAAAUGAGUGUUAACCUUAGAUAUCCACUAGGGGGAAAUCAUGUGCCUCUUCUGUACUGAUUAGGAAUUAAAAUGGCAAGAAAAUGUUUCUAAACCCUUUGGAAUUAGCUAGAUUUCUGCAUGAUUUGCAUGUAAAUUGUGAUAAUAAAGGUGAUAAAGAUACAUAAUGACAAUGCAGAUGUCAUUGCACAGCAUCUUGUAUUCGUUCAAAUACAUGGUUUAAAGAACCACUAAUUGAUAAAGAUUUCCUUUGUGUUUUUACUCCAUAUGAGUUUCAGCAUUUUAAUACAUAAUAUUUCUUAAUUAAACUAUACAGGAUACAAAUCCCUCUUUGGACUUCUUGUGUUUGUGUUGAUAAAUUCCUUAGCGCAUUUUGUUACUUUAUGUUCCUGGCUUGUUUUUCAUACAACAAUAUUUGUGCUCCACUUACUGUGUAUUUUUAUUUACAAUGCGUGUAGGUUGGUCUGUCAGUGCACAUACUUUCGAAGGCAAAAAAACUCUUACUUUAUAUAGAAAAUAUUGUUUGAACAACUUAAAUGUGAUUGUGCACUUAGCCAUUGUAAAAUACAAAAUGUCUUCAGUUAGAAUUGCUUUGCUGUUAACUGAGUCCUAUGUUUUAGAUUGUUGUCAUGCUCUAUGACCCAACCUCUUGAGUAUCAGCUCAUGGGCUUCCUGAUAUUUUACAGUAUUUCCUCAUGCAUCUUGGAUUUCAUUGGUCUUUUAUUAUUAACUGCAAGUCAUCCACCUUAUGCUUCAUUAUGCUAGAAUGAAGUUUUAAAGUCUUAUGGUAUACAAUGUUUAUAUGUAUUAUCUCUAAAGGUAAUUCUAGGUAAAGCUGUGCUGUUUAUAGUACACUCUUGAACACCAAUGUU